AUGAGUGGAGGUCCAGCACAUCUCCUGACAACUCUCUUCAUGGCAGCAGCAGCCCUGGGCUACCCAUCACGGCACUCUGCCACCGACCUGGAUGCCACCCCCAGGAUGACAGUCACCUUUGAUGAGCUGUCAGGAGUCCGGCGCUUCAACGCGCACACCCUCAACUACAGCACCCUGCUGCUGGAGGACGACCGGGGCAUCCUCUACGUGGGCGCCAGGGGAGCCAUCUUCGCCCUCAACUCCAGUGACGUGGCCGACGGCUCCCACCACACGAUCCACUGGGAAGCCUCCCCAGAGAAGCAGAUGGACUGCCUGCAAAAGGGCAAAAACAACAAGACCGAGUGCUUCAAUCAUGUGCGGUUCCUGCAGCGGCUGAACAGCACCCACCUCUAUGCCUGUGGGACCUACGCCUUCCACCCGCUCUGUGCUGCCAUCGAUGCCAACAGGUUCAUGUUGCCGUCCCACUUUGAGGAAGGCAAGGAGAAAUGCCCAUAUGACCCUGCCCGUGGCUACACCGGCCUCAUUGUGGAUGGAGGCUUGUACACAGCAACACGCUACGAGUUUCGGAGCCUCCCUGACAUUCGGAGGAACCUGCACCAGCGGCCACUGAAAACAGAGGAGUCCCCGCUGCACUGGCUGAAUGACGCUGAGUUUGUGACCUCUGUGCUGGUCCGGGAGAGCAAGGACAGCCCUGUGGGUGAUGACGAUAAAAUCUACUACUUCUUCAUGGAGCGGGCAGGAGAGGAGACCACGUCCUUCUUUGACAAGAGUCAGGCGGCCCGAGUGGCCCGGGUGGCCCGUGUCUGCAAGAGUGAUGUGGGGGGGAAGAAGAUUCUGCAGCGCAAGUGGACGUCCUUUAUGAAGGCACGCCUGGUCUGCUACAUCCCCUACUAUGAGGUGCUGCGCAGUGUCUGCAGCCUGGAUGGGGGUGGCUGGGCCAGCACUGUCUUCUAUGCCACCUUCACACUCUCAACACAGUGGAGGACCAUGGAGGCCUCGGCUGUGUGCCGCUACAACAUCUCGGCAGUGCAGCGUGCCUUUGAGGGCCCCUACAUGGAGUACCAGGACUGGGCUCACAAAUGGUCCCGCUACGACGGUGCAGUGCCCGAGCCCCGGCCUGGCUCUUGCAUCACAGACCACUCCCGCAGGAAGGGCUACAACUCCUCACAGGACCUGCCCAACAGUGUCCUGGACUUUGUCAAGCUGCACCCGCUCAUGUUUGAGGAGGUGAAGCCAGCUGGCGGGGAGCCGCUCCUGGUGAAGAAGAACGUGGUGUACAGCCAGCUGGCUGUAGACAGGGUGAUGGCCCUGGAUGGCCGCUCCUAUGAUGUGCUCUUCAUGGGGACAGGGGAUGGCUGGAUCCACAAGGCUGUGGUGGUGAACUCUGGCAUCCACAUUGUGGAGGAGGUGCAGGUGUUCAGGGACCUGCAGCCUGUGGAGAGCCUGGUGAUCUCCCAUAUCCAGAGGAGCCUGUAUGUAGGGGCAGCCAGUGGGAUCGUGCAGGUGCCCCUGGCCUCCUGCAGCAGGUACGCCUCCUGCUAUGACUGCAUCCUUGCCCGGGACCCCUACUGUGUCUGGGACGGCAGGGCAUGCCGCACCAUCGCCACCAGAGACAGCACAGGGCUGGUGCAGGACAUUCAAAGUGGCAACAAGGGAUGCUGGAGCAUCUUUGGACGAGUGCGUAUCCCCACAGGCUCCCUGCCCUGGAAGAAUCGGACGGUGCUGCAGGGGGAUGAUGUGCUGCUGCCCUGCGACCAGCGCUCCAACCUGGCCCGAGCCGUGUGGCUGCUGAACGGCAGCGAAGUGCAGGGCAUGGGGCAGGACCGGCUGCGUGUGGGGGUGGAUGGGCUGCUGGUGAUGAGCACGCUGCCCCAGCACAGUGGCGAGUACCGCUGCUACGGGGAGGAGCAGGGGCUCCGGACACUGUUGGCUACCUACAGCCUCACCGUGCUGCCCGAGCUGCCCCGCAGCCCUACAGCUGCCCCAUCACCCCACGCUGCCAGCCAGGCGACCAAUGACAUGAAGGUGGCUUACAUUUCCACCAUCGUCACCUUGGUGGUGCUCUGCACUGUGCUCAGCACCAUCCUCCUGUACAUGUCCUGCCUGGAGAAGCGCAAGGGCAAGUAUGUGCUAGGGGAGCCACGGCCAGCCAGCGUGGAGCUGCAGACUGUCUCAGCCAACUGCCUGCGCAAGGGCCCCCGGGAGGAGGAGGAGGAAGACCUCACUUACCCCGAUGGCUGCCUGCGGAUCAUCCCUGGCGAGGCACCCACAGCUGCUACCUCCCCAGUCAAAGAGCUGCCGGUUGCCGUACCCCCACUGCCACCCCCGCUGCCAGCUGAGCUCACCAAUGGCGUGGGGGCUCUGCCCAGUGUCCUCCGCAAGAUGAAUGGCAACAGCUACAUGUUGCUGCAGCAGCAGGAGGAGCCACUGGCCUCUCCACUCUACAGUGCAUCUUUCACUGAGGAGCUCAGCAAAAUUCUGGAGAAGCGAAAACACACGCAACUGGUGGAAAAGCUGGACGAGAGCUCUGUGUAG